CCACUGCGUUAUCGCGCGCGCCGUGUUCCCGUGCGCUCGCGCCUGCAGGCUGGAGGAGUGUCUGUCUCUCUCUCUCUCUCUCUCACUCUCUCUCUCUCUCUCUCUCUCUCGGCUCCUUAAUCUCGCCCUUUUAUUUCUCUCUGCAACACAAGAACAGCUCCCGGACGGACGGACGGCUUUAAAGCAGAAAGCACUAAAGCCUGAGGUCUCCUCCUCCUCUUCCUCCCCUUGUUUCUCCUCCUCCUCUUCCUUUUCCCGGUUUAUUCCUCAGCGAUUUUUCACGAGAUCCGCAGCCGGUAACGCAGAGAGUUUUUCGGUAAGGGGACUUUACUCGAAACCGAGGCCCCCCCGGCCCCCUCCUCAUCCUCCUCCUCCCCCCGUUCCCCUUUCCUGCUUUAGACCCCCGGUGUAUUUGACCCUUUUUUUACGGAUUGAUUCGGAGGGUUUGUGAGGUCCGGACGAGGCCGCGGGGCUUGAGCGCAGGAGUGGGGAUGACUUUAGAGUCUAUGAUGGCUUGCUGCCUGAGCGAAGAGGCGAAAGAGUCGAAACGGAUCAACGCCGAAAUCGAUAAGCAGCUGCGCCGAGACAAGCGGGACGCGAGGCGGGAGUUAAAGCUUCUCCUUCUCGGUACGGGAGAAAGCGGCAAGAGCACGUUCAUCAAACAGAUGCGCAUCAUUCAUGGCACCGGCUACACGGAGGAAGACAAGCGCGGCUUCACCAAGCUGGUCUACCAGAACAUCUACACGUCUAUGCAGUCCAUGAUCCGUGCCACGGAGACACUCAAAAUCCCCUACAAGUACGAUCAGAACAAGGCUAAUGCCAUGCUGGUGAAGGAGGUGGACAUCGAGAAGGUCUCUUCGUUUGAACAGCCCUACGUUAACGCCAUUAAGAUGCUGUGGUCGGAUCCAGGCAUCCAGGAGGCUUACGACCGGCGCAGAGAGUACCAGCUCUCCGAUUCUACUAAAUACUAUCUGACCGAUCUGGACCGUAUCGCUGAGCCAUCAUAUCUGCCCACCCAGCAGGACGUGCUCAGGGUCCGAAUCCCAACCACGGGCAUCAUCGAGUACCCUUUCGACUUGCAAAGCAUUAUUUUCAGAAUGGUGGAUGUUGGUGGGCAGAGGUCGGAGCGCAGGAAGUGGAUCCACUGCUUCGAGAACGUCACGUCCAUCAUGUUCCUGGUGGCGCUGAGCGAGUACGACCAGGUGUUGGUGGAGUCCGACAACGAGAAUCGUAUGGAGGAGAGUAAAGCGCUUUUCAGGACGAUAAUCACAUAUCCGUGGUUUCAGAACUCCUCAGUCAUCCUCUUCCUCAAUAAGAAGGACCUCCUGGAGGAGAAGAUCUCCUACUCCCACCUGGUCGACUACUUCCCAGAGUUUGAUGGGCCUCAGCGGGACGCACAAGCAGCACGGGAGUUCAUCCUGAAGAUGUUUGUGGAUCUGAACCCCGACAGCGACAAGAUCAUCUACUCGCACUUCACCUGCGCCACGGACACAGAGAACAUCCGCUUCGUCUUCGCCGCCGUAAAGGACACCAUCCUGCAGCUUAACCUCAAAGAGUACAACCUGGUGUAGGCUGCCAUCUCCGGGGACUACUCUCACACUGCAGCACAGAACAGACACACACACACACACACACAACACACUCGAUUACCCACGGUCCACUCGGUUUUCCAGCCUCCUGUUUUUGUUUUUGUUUGAGGGUGUUCCAGACCAUACCUGCUUUUAUAUCUUCUGUCUGUUUUGCCAAAGCCUGUCCACGUUCUCUCGUCGGCAGCUCGUGUUUAAGCGCUCCCUCCCUCCAUCCCUCCCUCUAACCCUCCCUCUAUCUCUUCCUCCUUCUUUUCCAUUGGACUGUUUUGUGUCAGAUUUGAUGACGCGGGCGGGGUUAUAGACGCAGAAUUCUCGUUUUCAUUCUUGUUAUAUAUAUAUAUAAUGUUUGAAAACGGCAGAAUCGAUUAGACGAUAUCGCAUUUAUCGACUACGUUGUUCGAGGAAACUGGAAUGGACAUCUCUAACUUUUUCUUCUGCUUCUUCAGUCACAUCUCCUGCCUGGAUGGAGGGAUCUCCAAUUAUAUAUAACUUUUUUUUUUUUUUAACAUCCUGCUAAUGGAGGGGAACAUUUUCAAAAAGAAAAUCUCACCUUAUUUAAACACAGACACAAGGACAAGCGCUGUGGUGCCUGAAGUGCAGAAUGGCUCCAUUUCCUGUUUUCAGAGGAGUCAAGAAUCCAAAGGGUUUUUAUUUAUUUUCUUUUUAUUAUUAUUUAAUUUUUUUUUAGGUGGGUCCCACAGGUGGUGUGAGGCGAGUCUUCACCUCACAUCUACGAAUGUAAUCUUUGUGAGCAUUGUUAUUGUGGGGAAGGGGGUGAGGAAGGAUGUAACGCCAGAACGAAGAGGAGAGCCGGACGCCAACACAAAUCAGUGUAACGUUGCUCAGAUGAUCAUUUAAAAAAAAGUUUUAAUGAUAGGUUACUAUCGCACCUCAAUCUUCGCAAUCAAAGAUGGGUAAGAAACUGAGAUUCUUUUAUUAUUAUUUUUUUUUAAGGAUUAUCUGGAUUUAUCCGUGUGUUGUACAAAUAUUGACUUCGUAGGUAUCAUUUUGCCAAUUUUUCACACAGUUUAAUCACAGCUCCAUCACUUCCUUCCCGUGUCCUUUUUUUUUUAUUGAAACUGCUUGCACCUUUCCUUAUACACGUUUUUUCUUUCUCUCUCCCCCCCCCCCAAAAAAAAAAACAAAAAAACAAUCCGUUUCUGGUAACAUACUCUGCAUGACUAAAUUAAAAACCAGAUACUUCAUUAGUGCACUCAUAAUUCUCCAGAUAUCACCACCAAGCAGUGGCCUGACGCACAUGUUCUUUUAUUUGUUUAGGUUUUGUUUUUUUUGUUUUUUUUAAGACAUCUUGUGAAAUAAGAAUUUGUGGACAGGUAUAUUAAUUUAGCUUUGUUCAGGGGCAGGAGCUAGUGUUAAGUGAAAGGAGUGCAGUAAAUCGCAAGAUAAUUGAUUGUGUAUAUUUAUAUUUGUAAAUACGUAUACACUUUAUUGCUUAUGUAAAAACAAAAAAACCGUCUGUGGUACAGUAUCUUUGGCAAAAAAAGUAAAAAAAAUUACUUCGUUAUUGUGUACGGUUUUGGUUGGUUUCUUAUGAAUUACAAUAUUAUUGAUACUGUGAUUUUUUUUUUUAUUAUUAUUAUUAUUAUUAUUAUUAUUUUUCCCUUACUCUUCACUACAAUUAUUCCGAAGACAUACGCAUAGCUGUACACGGAAGCAGUUAUGAGCAAUAGUGUGAGAAAUCUCUCGGGUUUGGAAGAAAACCACGAGUACGGUCCCCUCUUACGUUCUGAAUAAUCUUACUUUCAGUAUCUAAAGAUACGAAACGUUUAUUUCAAGAAGGGGAACGAAUUAAAGAUGACGUAAAAAGUACAUAAAAGAAUUGUUUAUUUAUCUAAUUUAUGGACCAGUUUUGACGUCGAUGGGGUCUUUUUCUGCUGUACAAAACUAUUAACUCUGUAUUAGCUCUUAUCGCAGUUUAGUUACUUUUUCUGGCAACCAAUUUGGCAACAGGAUUUUUUUUUUUUUUUUUUUUUUUUUACAGUAUGCAGAUUUUCUUCCUUUUUUUUUUUUUUUUUUUUAAGUAAACUUCAAAUAUCUGUAAUACUUAAGUGAAGUGCUUCAAGCAAUUAGGAAAGGAAAGUUAUUUUAUGAUCGAUAUACCAUCUCAGUGUACAAUUUCUUUUCCCUUGCAGCGUGUUCUCUAUUGUACAAAUGAUGAGCUGGUAGAAGGACGGGGGAAAAAAAGCUGUUGCCGUUUUCUACAGGUUUCCUUUCAUAUUUUAUCAUCAAGGGCUAGAAAAAGAAAAACACAUAAUAUUUUCAUACAGGAAGGUGAAGAGAUGAUGGGAGAAAAGUCUGGUUCAUGCACAAGGAGCAAGGUGCAGUUAAAAAAAAAAAAAAAAAAAGGUUAGUUUUCCCUCUAUUUAAAACUAAUUUGAACUUGUUGUGAAAGCUCAGAACCUCAUCAGGCAUAUGCACAAACUUUACUACUACAGCAAGAGUCAAGCUUAUUUAUAAUAAGAAUAAUGAGCUUUAGGUUUAGUAGUGUGACAUUUUAGGACUAUUUUAAACCUAUAAGAUAAAAAUGGGUGUUAGUAAAGGAGGACAGAGAAGAAUGUUCCAGAGAAGAGUCCAAAACUACAAUAAGCAAAAAAAACAUGAGCGUAUAGAACGUCAACACCUUACACAAAGGACAUUUAAUAUAAAUGAUGCUGUGUCUUGUCUUGUGCAUUAACAAUUCCGGGGGUUUCUCAGAGUUUCUGAAUUGCCUUUCAUGCUUAAGGGAAUCCAUCCCUAGUGAUAAAUGAAUCUAGAUUGACGCACGGACAGAAUCUUCAUGAAGCCCCAAAUUGUACAGAUUAGCUGUAGCUUUUUCCACAUUUUUGCCCACUUGCUUUAGCGUCACUCAGUAUGUUAAAAACGCUUCUGCUUUGUUCAUGAAAACGCCACUUUAUACUUUUGUUCACCAUGAUUUGCUUGGCGGUGUCGCCCAAAACGUCUGGUUUCUCGGUUUAGCGAAUUAGGCAUGAAUAUAAAUUUCAAAUUUACCGUUUAUAUAUCCAUGUAAAAAGCUUGAAGACAACGUUCAUUGUCUAAAGUGCUGUACAAAUAAAACUGAAUCGAAUUGAAUUCAUCCACACUGAUGUCUGUCAUGAACCGUGUCUGCAAUGGUGGCUCGAGUGGUUAAGGAUCGGAGUUGUUGAUCAGAGGAUCAGGGUUCAAGCCCCAGCACUGCCAAGCUACCACUGUUGGGCCUCUUGAGCAAGAACCUUAACCCUCUCUGCUCCAGGGGCGCUGUAUCAUGUCUGACCCUGUGCUCUGACGCCAUCCUCCAAAUAGUUGGGAAGAAAGAAUUUCACUGUGCUGUAAUGUGUAUGUGGCAAAAAUAAAGGCGGCUGCUUCUUCUCAAGUCGACUUUACAUUCGAAUGAAUUUAAUCUAGAAAAGCCAGAAGGCCAGUAAGCAAAACACGGCCUGUCAGCAGGUCUGACAUCUGUUCCGUCUGAGAGCUUUAUAAAAACCAAGCAGUCAUUUCUGAGGACGGGAACAAGCAGCGCUGCGCCAUUUUGCGUUCUUGUUCAUAACGUCUGUAUUGACAGAGCCUCAGUGUAGGUCUAGAGUGUCAGUGAGGUUUAUCUGGAGGUGGUGAGAUCUCCACUGAAUGAGGAAGAGCUGAAAAUCUCAGUGUAGGUCAUUUCAAAUAUUGAAAAGUAAAACGUACUCCAGUUUUACACAACAGUAUUUUUGCAAACACUAAACACCCAAAAAUGUACGAAUUAAGAAUCCGCAUCGCUCGUGACCCUCGUCUUAGUAUAACUGGUGUGCAUCUGUGAUUGGUUUUCAUUCGUGGAUUAAGAUUUAAUAAUUAACGAACAUCAAUUCACGAAUCGCAACACCGAAGUCUCCCUAUGAAGACACGAUGAACGUGUGUUUGUUUUAGGGGCUGAUUGUAAUGGAUGCUAGUCCUAUGGAGACUCUGAAGACGUGUAAUGGUCUGAUUAUUUUAUAUGCACUUUCUUUUUCAUUGUGUUUUUUGUUUUUUCAUGCCACAAAGAUGAGUAAAGCUUCCAAACCCCUUUUUGGAAGAGAAAGUUUUUACUACGUAGACCUCUGGAAUCAUUGGACCAGACUCUGUUUGUGAUCAUCAUAAAAACUGUCAAUGGAAAAGUAUUUUCUUCUUUUUUUUUCUUUUCUUUUUUUUUUUUAAAUAACAGCUCAUCUGCACAGCGUUUUUAUGUCUACCUCGAUGAGAAUUUGACAUAUUUUUGGGGCAUUUUCAGUGUCACAACGCAAGAAGCACAAACACAGCACAGUGUAUUGUGAAGCAGAUUACUGAUUAUUUCUGGUCAGUUUUUUUUUUAUCCCGUUUUAUGAUCCCUAACUAUCAUAAUGCAGUAUUGGCUAAGAUCAUGCAGUAGUUACACUUAUUUAGCAUUGCUGUAUCAUCAGAGUGCCUGUGAUGAGUUUUAAUGCGAAUCACAGCUUAUACUCGGGUAUGCAAAGAGAGUAACAUUAGCACAAGUGUUAUCGGUAGAGAAAGUGGUACUGUGUGUGUGUGAGAGAGAGAGAGAGAUUGAGAGAGAUUCAUCCAAGUAAUUCUCCAUGCAGAGGAACAAGUCGGUGAUGUUUUGUAGCGACACUGUUACUGCAGGCUAGUACUUUUAAAAUUCAUGUUCUGCAAGUCACUUCUAUCUUUCUAGAUGCCAUUGAAGUAAUUUUCCCGUCUCUCUGUAAAGAUGAUGGAGAAUGGCAUGUGAAGUAUCCCUUUCCCUCCUUUUUGUUUCCCCUUGCUACCAGAUGUAAAUGUUGAAUUAUAUCACGUGCCAAUUCCCUCCAUGGACACUGAAUUUAUGUAAAGUGCAAACUGUCGUUCAGAACCAUCGAGGACCGAACUCUGAGACACAGCGUUCCCCUUUUUAAACCCCAAAUAUAGUAUAAAGAGAGAAAAAACACAAUGAAUUUAUUCUAUAUUUAAGAGAAACUGCUGUUUUGUUUGUUUGUUUGUUUUGUUUUGUUUUUUAAUAAACUGUAAUUUUUAAAAUGCAUGUGCUCUGUGUUGGGGUUGGAAUUUAUGGGCUAAGAAAAUAUUACUAUUAAAGCCCUCAAGGCGAGGGAUCAUAUUGGACAUUAAUUUACAACAUUCUCGCCAUUUUUUUUUUUGUUUUGUUUUGUCUUUAUUUGUAUUGAUUCAUUACAACCACUGUUGCCUGAACCUCAUUCAAACAUGGAAAAGAUUUUCAUAACCGCCUUCUAAAAAAAUCUAUUAAAAAAAAAUAAAAAAUAAAGUAUCUGUUUUAAAUUGAAAUAAAUUUGUUCCUAUA